UAUUUAACGAAUAAAAAAAAAAUACCACAUUUCUGGAAUAGUGAGUGCAAAAAUCUCUAUUGAUUUAAAGAAAGUGAAUUAAAUAACAGUUUCAUAUGUAAAAAACAUUGUAUAAGGAUGGAUGCGAAAGAAGCGUGGUACAAAGUUGAAAGCGAUAUAGUUUGGCCUCCUUCAGUGUCUCCUAUUCAACGUAAGGUAGGAAGUUUAGCUCAUGGGGAAACAUGGAUUGUUCAAGACGAAUCAAUGUCUAAAUAUGACGAGUUACAAAAAAAAAAAGAAAAAAUCAACUUUGGCAUUCAACACAUAGAAAAAGUUAUUCAAGAAAUAGUAGAUAAAAUUGAAGAAUUUAACGAAGCGGAUUCAUUGAUGGAUAGAAACGAUGAGUGGAACCAAUUCGAACAAUUUAGACUGAACGAUUUGAACAGUCCAACUGGGCAUGAUCAGAGUGAAAAACUUCGUGAAUUUAGCCGUGCGAGACAAAAGGAUUUUUCUAAUAUGGAUCCGGAAUCCCUAGCCAGACAAUUAGAAGAGAAACGUCAAACGAAGGUUCAGUUGGAAGAUAAAAAAGAUUUGAUAUUGAACGAGAUACAACUGGUGGAAAAUACAAAUUUUAAAUGUGAGUUGAAAUUCAAAGAAACUCCUUCCCAAUUAUCUCGCCUGGAUGCCCCGUGGAUUCAAUUUCCUUUACGGCAAAGUAGAGUAUCAUCAGCUUUACCUGAUAAAACUAGUUUUAAUCCAAGUGAAAAUUCUAAUUCUGUUAACGAAACGAAUGCGAGUUCAUCAAAAUUAAGGCUAGAUUUAGACGACCCAUCUCUGGAAAAAAACCCAAAACCUCGCUUAUUUUCCGUUAAACUCCUUAGUCCGGGAAUUCCAGAAGCCUCUGAUGGACGUCGGUUUAUUACCAGUUUCAUAAAUAAGAACAGUCGUGAAAGUAUUCGACCUUUGGUAAGAGAAGGAGAAGAAUUAUUAUCUAAACAAUGGGAAGUUUUGCAACAACAUGACGAAGGUGAAAGACAAAAAGCUUGUAUAUCCCCUUUGAUUGCUGUUCUACCCAUACAACAUUCGAAUCAUCAGGAUUUUCAUGAAGUUGGAUUUUUCUCUACAUAUUUUCCUGUUGGAUCCGUUUAUGAUAUUGUUUCAAAAUUUUCAGGAAAGCGUGGAGGAUAUAAAUUUAAAAGUACCAUGAUACUCGAAAAUUUAAAAAACACUAUCAAAACAAUGGCGUCGUUGGAACGAUUGAAUGUGAUCCAUGGAUCAAUUCAUCCGUCUAAUAUUUUUAUUAGUAAUGAUGGAUAUACUCUUUUAUUAGCUGAAUUCUUACCAAAAAGUGAAAUACGACGUUGGUUUUCUGAUUUACAAAGGGGAAUUACAAAUGUUCCUCAGUAUUUGUCACCAGAAUUAUACCAAAAACUGGUCAUUGAAAAAAACUGUAAUAUUGAUACUCUUGAAACUAGUUGCAAUCUUCACAAGCAUGAUGUCUUUUGUCUUGGAUUGGCGUACUACUUUCUAACACUUCGCAAAAUAUCUAAAAAUAUUUAUAGAAGUUCCUCGCAUUUAAAGGAAGCUCUUAGACAGUUGAGAAAAGAAAUAACAGCAGAAGAACUUGUUGAUUAUCUUUCUCGUAUGCUCACAUACAAUCCAAAAAACAGACCAACCUUUUAUGACUUACUAACACUAUCGGAAAAAGCCUUAUUUACUGGUGAAAAUAUUUUAUCGGGUAUGAAAAGUCUAGUCGGUUUUUAAACCUUGAAUAACGGUUUAAAAAUCGUUCUUCAUUCUAUACAAUAAUCUUGUGUUUAAUUUGUUUUUUACCUUUCAUUAAAUAUUAGAAAAAUCAUGUUUUAAGAAAAAAAAGAAUAUUGGUACUUGUAAAACAUGUUUUGA